GGAGAAGAUGGGCCUGAGUGCUGGACCAGCAACAGGGUCACUCUUUUCCUUCUAUCACAACGGGCAAACGCUGGGCCAGCCACCACCAGCACACAUGGGCAUCCCUCCCUACCAACUAGACCCCAAAGCUGGUCUGCGGCCGCCAGUGUACCCGUUCGCCACUUCUGGACAGUACCCAUACCCGCUGGGAGCUGACUUCACUGCCCAGAUGGCGUCAGCAUGGCCCACUGCCCGCAUGUACCCGCUUACUUCUUCCUCACCGUUCAGCGGAACAUACCCCACCUCACCACUCUCCCUCUCUACUGCCACCCUGCCCAGGUUCUCUCCGAGUGGGUUGAUGCAUCCUCACCCGGGCCUCACUCCGCCAUUAACACAUCCUCUGGUCGCCUCCCCCAAGACAGAACUCCCUAACACCUCACAUGAUAACCACAGACAUCACGGACUGGACCAAAAACCUUCGCUGCAGUCAGGAGAAAAAGCACAGAUGAUAGAGACGAAGAACGGAGACAAAAAGCCACACAUCAAGAAGCCGCUGAACGCCUUCAUGUUGUAUAUGAAAGAGAUGAGAGCUAAGGUGGUGGCAGAAUGUACACUGAAGGAAAGUGCAGCCAUCAACCAAAUACUUGGACGAAAGUGGCAUGCGCUAAGCCGCGAAGAACAAGCCAAGUACUAUGAAAUGGCGCGCAAAGAGCGCCAGCUUCACAUGCAGAUGUACCCAGGGUGGUCCUCACGUCAAAAUUACUCGCAGGGGAAAAAGAAGAAGCGUAACCGUGACAAAACCCAAGAUGGAGCAAAUAUGAAGAAGUGUCGGGCGAGGUACGGCUUGGAACAGCAGAGUCAGUGGUGCAAGCCUUGCAGGCGAAAGAAGAAAUGUAUUCGAUAUAUGGAAGGAGAGGAAGGCGAGGACAUGGCACCUGGGUCAGCCGACAGUGUAGAUGCCUCGCAGGAAAGUGACGAUGAUGAUGAUCUGCAAGACUUGUCAUCUCCCUCCACUGCAAUGGCAGGAGACCACACCGCCACCUCCCCUGCAUCCUCGAGUCUGAUGCCCUCGCCUGGGCCUUCCUUGGCAUCUCCGUCAGGGCCGCCCUCCUUGCUAAUGCCAUCACCAGCCUCAUUGGCUUCCCCAUUAACGCCGGGGGAGGUACCCCCUAUACAGAUGAACCAAGUUCCCCAGAUACCACAUCCUCAACGGCCCCCAGUGGGCACAAAUCCUCGUGACAUCAAUAAUCCUCUUAGUGUGAAUCAGUUGACUGGCCAGUGUGCUAGCAACAAACCCGAAGCUGGGUCUCAAGACUCCUCCCAUCCUACCAUGGUGAGCGUCACAUGACCCACUGCAACCCUAGAUACCCAUGCCCACAUGCUGUGCUGCACACGCCCACCCUCGUAUGUACACCAUGCUUUCUUACAUGAGAAAGUACUAUAAUGGAGUACCCCAGAGUUUAUACCAGUGUAUUGCGGCUGAUACACGGACAUUCAUUUGGUAUUCAGGACCAAAAUUUAAGCUCUGUGAUGGGCCUGUGGCAGUACAGUCACCAAUACCUCAGUGUCAAAAGUGUGGCUGAAGAGAGAGACUUGUGGCCCCUGUUUGGCACCAUCCCUGUAAAUAAUUGUUCCUUCACAUCAUGAAUCAACCCUUCAUUGUAUCACACACACAGCAGUGUUAGGUAUUCUACUCUAAAGCUGCAAAGCCAGCCGUACACUUCGUUCUAUUCUGCAAAAUUGAAAUUUUAUAUGUAAAGGAAAUUUUUAAGACUACUGUAUAAAUUAUAUAUUAGGCAAAAUUUGACAAUUGUGAUUUUAAACUGUAUGUGUAUAUAUGUCGUGUGUAAUAAGCCAAGUUGGUCAAACAAGCUGAACUGCUUUUAAAACAAUUUUUAUUUAAUUUUAUCUAAUGCAUUGACAUAUUUUCACAUGAAUUAACUGGUAUGCAAAUUUUUAAUUUUACACGAAAACUAACAAUCUAACCUAACCUUGUAUGUAAUGUAGGUUAAUCCUAUCCAACCUAAGGUCAGACUAAAUUUAGUUAUUUAAGCAAUGAUGUAUAUUAAUUUUGUGAUCAAACUAGUUUUAAACUGAGAUAUUACAAAAGUUAAUUUACACCCGGCUUGUUUGGCAAAAUCGUGCUUGCUGGAUAAGCUAAGUUUGGCUUAAAAAAAAAAAAAACACACACACACACACACCAUGUAUGUAUGUAUGUAUAUUUUUUUUUAACACAUCAGCAGUUU